UACGAAUAGAGCACAGUAUUCAAUCUGUUUCGCUUCCUUUCAAAGGAUUUAUCCUAAAUGAGUCGCUCUAACCUGUAUUAUGUAUUUUUAAUUUUUAUUGCAAAACUCGCAUAAAGCGCGCGCCAAUGGCGAUUAUUUGAUUUAUUCUUAGUGCCAACAUUCCAUUUAUACUUUACCUAUAUUUUUAGAGAUCGCGUGUGAUUAAGAAUGUUUAUUUUGAAAAUAAAAAUAAAUUCUACGGCUAAAGUGAGUGGUGCCGUUACGAGAACCGAAUCGGUUUUAAAUUUCUACCUGUUUCGAAGUUGAUCCGCGAAACCGCGCAAAUUUGGAAUUGGAUGCCCAAAUACGUACCUACUUUGAGAGAAAACCAGGGUGCAACAGAUUUAAGUGGCAAUGUCUAAAGAUAAUCCAGAGGUGGACUGCAAAUCACCGAUUAAUGCGUCAUACCAGCAGUACAACACAAACAUGGGAUCAAAUCAAGCAAAAGAAAAUGCAAUUAAUAGUGAGAACGAAUGCAACGUACAAUCAGAUUCGAAAUUAUCCGGUGACUUAAGUACAAAUGAAAGUGUAACGAAUAAAUUUGUUAGUGAACAUUCUAAAACUGAAUUACAAUCAAAAACUGCAAUAAAUAAUCAAAUCGUAGAAUGCGUACCACAAACUAAUGAAUUUGUGAACGAACUGGAUUGUAAGGUCGAUAUAAAUAAUGACGGUGAAGAUUCGGCUACCGAAAGUCUACCUGCACCAGAAGAAGUUUCCGAAGAACCACACGAUCGCUCGGAUGGUUCCGAUUCAGGACUGGGCUCGGAAAUAUCCGAAGAAAGGCCCGUUGACGCUGUUGCUUCUGUGCUUGAAGAAAGCGAUACCGAGAACUCUUUCCUCAAUCGCAUUCCCGAAGAUCAGUCUUCGACAUUGAUAGAUGUUGGUAACAAUGAUCAAACAAAUUUGGAAGUGCCGUCCACAAGCUUUUCUGCAGAAAGCAAGACGAGCAGUGCAGAAGAUGCAAUACAAACAGCCCUUGUGCCUCGACGAAGCACACUGAAACGAAAAAUAUCACACGAAGGAGAAGACCUGCCGAAGUGCAAGAAAAAGCGAAGCAUUGCUUUUGAUAACGUGACCGUAUUCUACUUCCCGCGAACGCAGGGUUUUACCUGCGUGCCAUCUCAAGGAGGUUCCACCUUGGGCAUGGGUGCCAAGCAUUCUCACGUCCGUAAAUUUUCAAUGAACGAACAUGCCAACGAACAGCGGCGCAUCCACAGACAAUUGCUGCAACGACUCCGAUCGGAGAGACAAAACGUGCGAAACGCGACAUCAUCAAGCGAUGAUAGUGAAAGCGACGAAGAACUCAGCGACGGUUCCGAUUCCGAAAUGGACUUGGAUAACUACUACUUCCUUCAACCAGUUCCUACGCGACAAAGGAGGGCGCUGUUACGAUCGGCCGGUGUACGAAAAAUCGAUUCGCUGGAAAAAGACGAAUGCCGCGAUAUUCGUACAUCGCGAGAAUUCUGUGGGUGCGGUUGUAAAGGCUACUGUGAUCCAGAUACGUGCUCCUGCAGUCAAGCGGGUAUAAAAUGCCAGGUGGACAGGUUGAACUUCCCGUGUGGCUGCUCACGCGACAAUUGCGGAAACUCAAGCGGCCGUAUUGAGUUUAACCCGGUCAGGGUUCGUACUCACUUCAUCCACACAUUGAUGAGGCUAGAAUUAGAGAAGAAGCAGAAGGAGGCCGAAGGCGAAGAAAAAUCUGACAAACCGUCGACUAGCUGGAUGGAAAAUGAACGGUUAAAUUACUAUCCGAAGACAGAAUCAAAUAACAGCAGGAGUGCAAAAUUUAACGGAAGUCUUCUGAAAGAUGUUACGCUAAAUUCAAACAUGGAAGUGGAAUCCUGCGUGCAUAACGGGAACUUUACAAAUUUGCACUACGGCGCACCCGGCGAAGGUCCAGGACUAUCCCAUCCGCCUCCUGGUUUUACAGAUUUGCCGUCGCGCGAAGACUCGUUAGACCUGUACACCUUCCGUGAAGAAUGCUACCAGGAUGAGGUAGCCCAGGAUGCGUCUUCCUCCGAGCGCAAACAACCUUUUCCCGCUAACCAAAAUUUCCAUUUCACCGAUCCGCGUUUUACCGAUAUCGUUUUUCCAAGUGGUACGUCGACCUUUACGCCGCCGCCCAACCAGUACGCCCAACCGUACCAAUCUGGCUUCUCCGACUUUUCGCCAGUGUUUAGUCCUUAUGGAGGCAUGUACUCUACGGAGUUUGGAACGAAAUCUUUCGAACCAGGUUUUCAGCAACCUAACAACUAUGACCAUUUUCCCGCACCUUCUUCUGAACCAUUUUCCGGCGGUACGGAUUCCAAAGAAAGUCAGUACACUAAUUUAAAUCCCGUCGGGGCCAACAUUAAAAUAGAAUCAUUUUCAGAUCUUCUUAAUGGUAGGUAUAAUUACACGGCCUACGAAGAGACCGCUAAUUUUCCAAACAUAAAUAAUGCGAAUGUUGUAUCUGCCAGCAAUAACUCUGAGUGUUCUGGUAUUGAUAAAACUGGUAAUAGCGUGAACAGUACUGGCACCACAGAAAACUGUGACGAAAACUUUGGAGAGAUAAUUAAAAAAUCUAUUGUAGAAACUGUUUCGGCUUAGAUGAACGAUUAUAAUUAAAAAUUGAUAUUAAUAUAUAAAUUAUGAUUAUCACGUUCCAUAUUAUUAUGUAAAUGAGAUUUAUAUAAACUGUAGAAAAAAAGCAGUGUUUUAAUAAAUGUUGUGAGAAAAAAGUGUGUAGGUACUUGAUCUAAUACAACACAUUUGAUGUUAGCAGAACCCUCAGAUAAGUAGUAGAUAGUACAUAUUUACAGAAGAUAGCCUAAAUAAUAGAACUAUGAGUUGACUUGAGCAUAUUUGCGCGCAAAUAUGCUCAAAUGAGUACAUGGGCGUACGCAGGGAGGGGCAAGGGGGGGCAGCUGCCCCGGCCUGGCCACACGUUACGUUUUAUGUUAUUGUUAAAAAGUAUCUGUAAGAAUUGUCUUUGUUGGCUUCUAAUUCAAUCCUUUGAGAUUUAAGCAAUGAAAGAGGUUUUAAGCUACAAAUUAGGGUACCUACCGGCUCGCCUGCCGUCGGGCUGAGCGAAGAUUUGCCUAAAAUUCUACCGAUAUACCGAAAUUUUUAGUAACUAUUACCUACUAAAAAUAAAAAUGUAUAUUAUGUGUUUCAUUAAACAUUUUUUUCUUCCAA